AGAGAGAGAGAGAGAGAGAAAAAUGGCGCCUCGAUGCUGCGCUCACUGAGGCAGUGUUUGGAGCCGGCCAGGGAGAUUCAGUAAGGGUAGACAAAAGGAAAUAAACAUGGUGAACACAAGGAAAAGCUCACGGCCGGGGAGCGGUCCCUUCAUCUCCUCGAGGACUAGGUCGUCGUCGAGAAACGAGCGAAACUCUGAGGAACAUAAGGAGGCUAGUAGUGAUGUGAGCAGUCCCAGCAGUCCACGUUUGGCUCCCCCUUCCAAGCGCACCCGGCGGCAGACUGCCUCCGAGCCCAGCUCCAGUGAUACGUCCCCGUCCCCUCAGACUAAGGGGCAGAGGGUCAGCUGGGACAUUCCCACCUACCGCACCAGGUUGUCCUCUCGCAUAAUGCAAAAUGGCCACGCCCAUAUGAGUCACCGGAAUGAGGAGAGCGGAGGGGGAGAUCACUCUCACAUGAAUGGCCAUGUGGAGCUGAAGAGGAGCUGCCGGGUGAAGAAGAGCCAAUUUGAACACCUCAAUCAGAGCCUGCUGUUUGACCAGCUGGUCAACAGCACUGCUGAGGCUGUCCUUCAGGAGAUGGACAACAUAAGCAGCAUCAGGCAGAACCGUGAGGUGGAGCGACUUCGCAUGUGGACCGGAGACACUGAGGAGGGCCCGUCUUUCCAGGAAAACAUGGACAUGUAUUCCCGGGUGAAGCGCAGGAAGUCCAUGCGCAGGAGCACUUUCAGCUUGCCUACACACCACAAAGUCAUGAGCAAAACUGAGGAGGAGGAGGAAGAAGAGGAAGGGACGGAAGAUUCUCACGGUGAGGAAGAGGAGGAGGAUGCAGAGGAUGAUGACGAAGAUGAUGAAGGAGAUGAAGCAGAAGAGGCUGGAGAGGAGAAUGACAGACCGUACAACCUAAGGCAGCGAAAGACGGUGCAGAGAUACGAGGCACCACCUAUUGAGCCUGUGAACAGAAAGCAGAGCAACCCCUCACUUUUUGACACCCACAGAUCCCCAGCAAGACGAAGCCAUAUAAGAGUGAAAAAACAUGCCAUUCACAGCAGUGACACCACCUCGUCUUCUGAUGAAGAGCGGUUUGAGCGUAGAAAAAGCAAGAGCAUGACCCGGGCCAGGAACAGAUGUCUGCCCAUGAACUUGACCGCAGAAGACUUGGCGAGUGGGGUGCUGCGUGAUAGGGUGAAAGUGGGUGCCAGCUUGGCUGAUGUGGAUCCUAUGAACCUUGAUAGCUCAGUGACUUUUGACAGUGUGGGUGGCCUCAGUAAUCACAUUCAGUCACUAAAGGAGAUGGUAGUAUUCCCACUGCUUUACCCUGAGAUCUUUGAGAGGUUUAAGAUUCAGCCUCCCAGAGGGUGUUUGUUCUAUGGCCCUCCAGGGACAGGAAAGACCCUGGUAGCACGGGCGCUUGCCAAUGAGUGUAGCCAUGGAGAUAAGAAGGUUUCCUUCUUCAUGAGGAAAGGAGCUGACUGCCUCAGCAAAUGGGUCGGUGAAUCGGAACGCCAGCUACGCCUGCUCUUUGAUCAGGCAUACCUGAUGAGGCCAUCCAUUAUUUUCUUUGAUGAGAUUGAUGGUUUGGCUCCUGUUCGCUCCAGCAGGCAGGACCAGAUACACAGUUCUAUUGUGUCCACUCUGCUGGCCUUGAUGGACGGCUUGGACAGUCGUGGGGAGAUAGUGGUCAUUGGUGCUACAAACAGACUUGACUCUAUCGACCCGGCACUCAGGAGGCCUGGACGUUUUGACCGGGAGUUUUUGUUCAACCUGCCCGACAAGAAGGCCAGAAAGCACAUCUUGGAGAUUCACACACAGGACUGGAAUCCCAAAUUAGCUGAGCCGUUUGUAGAGGAACUUGCAGAAAAAUGUGUCGGCUACUGCGGUGCAGACAUUAAAGCACUUUGCACAGAGGCAGCCUUGGUGGCGUUGCGCCGCCGCUACCCCCAGAUCUAUGGCAGCAGCGUCAAACUGAAGCUGGAUGUCACCUCCAUCGUCCUGGGGCCCGGCGACUUCAGCAAGGCCAUGAGGACAAUCGUCCCAGCCUCCCAGAGGGCCCUGGCUCCCCCGGGCCGAGCCCUGUCCCCCACCCUCAGGCCCCUGCUGGCCAGCUCUUUCUACUUGGUGCUGAAAGCUCUGCUCCGAGUCUUCCCCCAUGCUCAGUGUACUGACAGGGACAACACACACGGCGGUGACAAUCAACAGCUUGAAGAGGAUUUCAUCAGCGACGAUGACAAUGAGGAAGGAUCUACUUCCAUCUAUGAAGUCCAGCCUGCUGCAACCCCAAAGAGUCAGCUCUCUUCUUCUGCAACACACAGACCUUUCCUCCAUUUCUCCUUCUCUGCCAUCCAACAGCCCACAGCAUACCGGCCUCGUCUUCUGCUGGCUGGGGCCUUUGGCUCAGGACAGAGCUCCCACUUGGCCCCUGCCUUGCUGCACCACCUGGAAAAGCUGCCAAUCCACCGCCUGGAUUUACCCACUCUCUACUCCGUCAGCGCUAAGACGCCAGAGGAGUCUUGUGCUCAGGUCUUUCGGGAGGCACGCCGGAGCUUGCCCAGUGUUGUGUUCAUGCCGCAUAUCUCAGAGUGGUGGGAGACAGUGAGUGACACUGUGAAGAGCACCUUCCUCACCUUGCUGCAGGAUGUACCCUCUUUCAGCCCUGUCCUUAUCCUUGCCACUGCUGAGACUCACUACUCACAGCUGUCAGAAGAGGUAAGAAGUAUUUUCCAGAGAACCUAUGGGGAGGUAGUGACCCUGUGCCCUCCAGGAGAAGAGGACAGGAGGAACUUCUUCUCUGAUCUGAUGCUGGUCCAAGCAGCCAGAGCUCCGCCGCGCCUCAGGACUACAGAGAGGUGUGAAGAGGUACUGCCGGUGGAAGAGGCUCCAGGCCCCAGAGCCCUGUCAGCAGAGGAGCAGCGCCGCUUGGCUGAACAGGAGGAGAACACGCUACGGGAGCUCAGGCUUUUUCUCAGGGAUGUGACCAAGCGUCUGGCCACUGACAAACGUUUUAGCAUCUUCAGCAAGCCAGUUGACAUCGAGGAGGUGUCCGACUACCUGGAGGUUAUUCGGCAGCCUAUGGACCUGUCCACUGUCAUGACCAAGAUUGACACCCACCAGUACCUGAGAGUAAAGGACUUCCUGGUGGACAUCGAUCUUAUCUGCGCUAAUGCUUUAGAAUAUAAUCCUGACAAGGAUCCCGGAGACAAGGUGAUCAGGCACCGAGCGUGCAGUUUGAAGGACACAGCCCAUGCUAUAUUUGCUGCCGAGCUGGACCCGGAGUUUGACCGCAUGUGUGAAGAGAUCAAGGAGGCGCGAAGGAAGAGGGACCUCCUGACGCCAGCUCAGCUGACGCCAGCUCCGGGAGCUGUGGCAACCAGAAAGCACCAUGCUGCGGGAGAGGAGCAGGCCAGGAGCAGCACUCAGGGCGAGGCCACUGACAAACAGUGCACCACUAAUCAUAUAAAGCGCAAGUUUCGCCGGCGGCCAUCUUGGGGGCGGGGCAUCAUCCGUAAGAAGAAGAACUACAAGAAAGGAACAGAAGAGGAGGAGGAGGAGGAGCCCGAGGCAGAAGUGGAAGCUGCAGGGCCCAGUGACUCGUGUUUGACGCAGGAUGAGGAAUCAUCUUGUGAUACCACAGGUCCCCAGCCCAAUGGCCACCAUCCCCAUGUCUCCUCCACAGAGGAGGAGAGCUCCAAUGAGCCCCCUGUUGAAGCUCCCGUCCAACCUUCAGAUGCCAGUGAAGCCCUAGAAGAGCAAACACCUAAGGAGGAGCCAACAGCCAAAGAUGCGGAGUCGGAGAACACAGAGACCCACAGUGAGCUGCGUUGCCUUGGUGGCAGUUCUCAACCCAAGGCAGACGGGGAUAGACAGGCCAAUCAGGCAGACUUCCAUCCUUUGAUUGAAACGUCCGAGGCCCAGCCUAAGCACACAGAGAGUCUCCUUGUAUCACAAAUGGACUGUGUGAAUGGAAAUGAGUCAAUGGACAGCCUAGACUCUCAGAGCCUCAAGAUAAGCAGCGAGGUUGAGAAAAGGACUCCUCAGAGCAUGGCUGAGAGCUCUAAUAAGCCAGAACAGGAAGAGCACAAAGACAACAAUAAGAGCAACCCAACUCAGGAGCACCCUCCCCAGGAUGGGAGAGCAGCAGUAACAGAAGAUGUUGAGGAAGAUCAAGAUAAAGAAGGGAGUUCCAAAGCCAGGAAAUGCAAGAACACCCUGUCAGAGCAGCUGAAGGGAUCUGAAAGGAUAGAAAAAGAGCCAAAACCAGUCUCUCCCCGUCCUCCAGUAGUGGUAGACCACCAGCGACUUUUGGCUCUACUGGAUAUGGUGGUGAAGAAGAGUGAGGGCUACAGCGUGGAGCAGCUGGAGAGACUGUACUCCCUUCUCAGUCAGUGUAUCUACCAGCACCGCAGAGAGUAUGAAAAGACUCAGCUACUGGAGGAGAUGGAGGAGAGAAUCCAGCAUUUUGAUACAUUCCUGUGAGAUGGACAGAUUCAGGUAGAUCCUGAACAGCCUGGGACCACAAAGACACAACUGAGUGAGUGAAGGAGCUUUUGAGUCCAGCCCUCAACUAAAAAACACAGAGAAAAUCCAGCGCCCUCCUCUUGCUGGGAGGUAACACAACAAGGACGAGGUUGAGGACAGAGACAUUCAAUGGUGCUAUCGUCUCAGGAACCUGGCCAGAUCCAGACCCAUUCUACACAACCAAACUCCCCUGAGGUGUGUCUGUCAGUCACACACACACACACGCACACACACCGAUGGUGACGGGCAACCCUGGUGCUACUUGGGUGCUAUUCUAACUUUUAUCCAUGCUGCUCUUGGGAUUACUUCUUAACUUGGAUGACUAGCAAAACCAACAGAUCUGGUGAUGUCAUAUCGAAAACCAUACAUACACCCCUCACACACACACCCACACCCACCCACACCUUGACACUUGGGUAUGCAUGUACAUCUACAAACACACACACACACACUCACUCACUCAGAUCCUCACCAGCAGAAGUGUGAAUGCAGAGUGCCGCUAGGAGAUGAGGACAGAUAAUGUUCUGAAUCACUGAACUACGUUGCUGAGCCCAUCUUGCCCUCGAGUGGAAAGCUUCAUCAUAGGCCAGUUGUUACCAUGCUAUUAGAUGGCUCAUUUUUUUCUGCCAUUUUAGCUACUUGAUUAGUUCAAUAUCUGAGCCACCGUCAAGGACACUCACCCAGAACAAUAGUUUACAAAGAAGUUUUGGUGCGAACAGAAACUUGAUGAGGUUAGCACAGCGGGACAAGAACCGAUUAUGUCCUCUUCAUUACAGCGGCCAUCAGGUGUGGAAAGCUGUUGGCCCCCUCAGUGUUUGACUGGUGAACGAGCGUCGCCUGUUAGUCAGCUAUACAACCAUCUCACUCGAAACAUUCACUCAUAGACCACCUCUGGUGUUCAGUCUUAGCAGAUUGCCAUGUCCUUAAUAGUUUUGUGGUAGCUGCACCUCCUCCUCACUACAUUCAGUCUGAAUGUUUUCCCUCCCACCCAAGCUGUGCCCGCCAGUUGUUCCUACCGACACCCUGGCUGAGGAACUGGAAGCAGUACCAAUUGGAUGCGUCGAGAGUUUGCACUGCCUAGUGUGUGCCUUACUUAAAACCUCAAAUGAAACUCUGACAAAGUUAGCAGGAUUUUUUAUUUACUACUUUGUAACAAUGAACAGGCUCCAAGUUGGGGUGGGUACUAACCACUGAGGUCAUAGUGACCUUGAAGCAAAAAAAUAGAUAUAUAUCCCCACGCCAUUAGGUCUUUUAAAACAUAUCCACAUUAUACAUCUCCAACCUGGGCCAAAAAAUUAAUUGACAACAUUUUAAAAUGUUUAGAUGAUAACUUAUGUGGCUGUGUCGGUGUCUGGCCAGAUACGUCUCUAACACUUGAAAUGUUACGAUAUUUAAAUGUAUUCAUGCCCUGUUAAACCCAGACCCGUUGGGGAGGUCAGUCUCCACCUGAGCAGACAGCAGGUGUAAGAAGAGGUUGUCAACACCAGCUUUUCUUCAUUUUUUCAUAUGCAAAGAAUAAUGAUGCGAGUCAAAUGAUUUAUAGUGCCAAGUGUUAUCCCACUCCCCCAAAAGGUGCUGAUGUAACAGUGCCUGUUCACAGGAAUUCUGUUUCAACUAUGAAAAUGUUCUAUUAGAUGGUCAUAACCUAUGUAUUAUGUUGUGUAUUUGCUAAUUAUUUUUUAUGUUUUGUUUUUUUUACAAAAUGCUUUGCUUGAGUUGAUUAUCACAUGGGUUGUGAAUCCACAAUGAACAAGGCCAUCCUAGGCAGUGCUCGUCACUAAGGUGUAUAAAGCAUUACAUGUUUUGUUUUUUUCCUCCCUUCAAAUGUGUGUACCUACUUUAUGGAUUUAUUUCAUUUUGUUUUUCUCAACACCAGACAAGAGAUGCUGGAUCUGUGGCCAACACAGUGUAUGUUUUCAGACUGCAGUAAAUGUAAGGUAUUUACUGAAGCUUUAUAAGGUUUUAAUGGCAUUUUCAUGGUUUUGGAGAUGCCAUAUUUUGAGCAGGUGUAGACUGGAGAAGCCCCCCCCCACCCCCCCUCUCAAAGCACUCUUAUCCAGUCCUCAAACCUCUUGGUGCAACUCUGACCCCAGCUCACCUCUGCCUUUUCUCGGAUUCUAGGUGACAAACGCAAAGACCAUAUGCAAACUGGCAAUGACAGGUUAGCACUUGGACUACUGCAGAGAGAAAAACCAACGCUACCUCAGCUUAAUUUAUUUUAAUGCGAAAACUGUUUACUGGGUACAAAACAGUAUUUUCUCACCCUGAAAUACUGUUGCAACAUCUAAGGUACCAGAUUAGAGCAACCACAGCUGCUGCAGUAAUCCAAGAGUUGUUUGUAUCUCUCCAAUUGUUAUGUAUGUUUGCAUUUGAGCCAGAUGAUGAUGAUUGCAUACAUUUUUAAGGAUAUUUCAUGACUGUAAAUGUUAUGCUUUAGUUUCAGGUUCUCUUAAUUUCUACUGUACCUUGACACUGAGGAGAUAAUCCUAGAUCUGCUCCUCUUUCAUGUUAUCACCCCAUACCUUAGAAGCUAUAAAGAGCAUUUUCUGCCUCUUUACACAUCCAUCGCCUUUGUUUUUUUUUUGAAAUUAUUUGUUUUUUCAGAUUUUUCAUCUCAUGAUUCUGAGUAUUUAUUAUUAAACACAUUUUUCACCUAAUAUUCAGUAAACUGUCUUUUUGUACAUUUGGAAUUUAACAAAUCGGGAAGUAUCACAAGUUCAUUUUUAACAAUUUUGCUGAAUUGCGUAGCGUUUGUGUAGCAGGUUUAUUUGGCGUGUAGGGGGAAUAAAGGGUUUACAGGUCUCUCAGGUUCAACACGCGACAACAUGCCCUUUCAACAUUUGUAUUUAUUUCAUUGUCCUGGUGUUUUCUUUGUUGAAGUGGUUUACAGACUGUGGCAUACUGGAAAAGACUAACAUUAGGACAGAAGUGAUUUUUUUAUAUAUAUAUAAUAUAUAUAAAAAUACAUAAAGUCUGUCUAGUACAUUGCAGUAGGAGAAACAGGACCAGAUUAACGUUCUUUUCAUGUUGUUCACUUUGUCUCCACUUUCUGCCAAAAGAGUUAUUUUUUAUGAAUUUAGAUACACAUAUGGAAAUAAAAUAUGGGUAGUUAAAUGUCAUACAUUGUGAUCUUCCUUUCUUAUUAUAAAUUGUAGCCAGUUUGGACUAACAACCAAUUUUUGUCUGGUAGUUGAGACUACUUAGUCCAGUAUGCAGAAGGAAAGGGUUUGUUCUAUCCCGAAUUUCUUUUUUCUUCCCUGUUUUUUUUUUUUUUUUUUUUUUUUUCCCCCAGUUAAUUUAGUCAAGACUUUCCAUAGCUUUGUCAGUUCUGUUCAUUUUGUGUAUUUAACACGUACGCAAUUGUUACUUUAGUGUAAGUUAUAUUCAAAAUGAAACAUUUACUGUAUUUCUCAAAUAAACUGCUGUGAUAUACUUGAAUAAAAAGGUGCAAACUGUA